AUGGCUUCCGACCAGAGUAAUGACGCCCUGAUCCACUCGGCCGACCCAGAACACCCGGCCAAUCUAAUUUGCGAGCUCUGCCGCAAGUUUUACACCCUGGGCUGGGUCACCGGCACUGGCGGCGGCACCAGCAUCAAGCACCAUGAUCACAUCUUCAUUGCGCCCUCGGGCGUGCAGAAGGAGCUCAUGAAGCCCACCGACAUGUUCGUCCUGGACUACAACACGCGCGAGUACCUUCGCAAGCCGCAGGUGCUCAAGCCCUCGGCCUGCACUCCUCUCUUCCUUGCCGCAUUCGACCGCGGCGCUGGCUGCUGCAUCCAUACACACUCGCAGUGGGCCGUACUGAUCACCCUGCUUGUCGAGCGCGACUUUGGCAGCGACGCAUGCUUCGAGAUUGAGAUGAUCGAACAGAUCAAGGGCAUCCCCAAGGGCCGCGGCAAACAGGGCAAUCUGGGCUACUUCGACCGCCUGCGCAUCCCCAUCAUCGAGAACACUGCGCACGAGGAGGACCUGACGGACAGUCUGGCGGCUGCUAUGGAGAAGUACCCUGACACGUACGCCGUCCUGGUCCGCAGGCACGGUAUCUACGUCUGGGGAGACAACGUCCACAAGGCCAAGACGCAGUGCGAGAGCUUGGACUACAUUUUCCAGCUCGCUGUCGAGAUGAAGAAGCUGGGUCUGCCGUGGACCAAGUAA